AUGCCCACCUACAAUGCUCUUGAAGAGCUUAUGUUAUACAAUUCAUGCCCUCUCCAUCCGCACUCAUAUUCCAAGAGAUCUGGCUCAUUACGGCACGCCUCAAUGGCUCACUGUCAAUAUGGACACAACGCACGUCCACACACCACUCCGGGGCGCAUCACUCAAGACAAUGAUGUUCAUGCCCAAUCAUUUUUACAUAAAACACCAAAACGAGGAUCCAUCGGUAAUUAUGUUCACAUGGGCUGGGGGCCCACGCAGCGUCCUUCGAUCCAAAGGCCCAGACCCAGUAUGCAGAAAUCGGUCGUCAGCAGAUGUAGCAGACAAGAAGAUCGGCAUCCCACCAAUCCCACCCUACUACAAUACGCUGCACAACACCCUGGCACGGACGUCGGACGUGGGUGCCUGCAUGCCCAAAAGCAACAAUCGGCGACUAUCACCAGCAGGACCGGCGAGAUAUCCAAGCUUUCCGCUCGCUUCUCGCUUCACUUUUGGGGGCACAGGCCCUCGUCGCGAAUUCCGGCCGAAGCUGCACAAUUCACAUACACGAUGAUCACGGCCUGGGCCAGAGCUGACGAUCCAGGAAGCUUUGCAGGGCCGGGCCCCACGCGCCUGCAUCCAAGAUAUAUGCCGAGGCAGGGCCCAGCGGGCCCAUGAACUUCCAAGGCAAAACGGUGGUUAGGUCUCCGUACAAACGGCCCCAAGGCGGGCGGGGAUGGUGGAGCCGCAGCGCGCAGAGCAGAAAGCGAGCACGGCGUGCGGUGGUGCGGCAGUAAUUGAUAAUGCAUCAGCAACAGCGGUCGGUGGUGGUGGAGCAGGUCGCAGGAGCGCGCGGCAGGCACCAGGACCAGGACCAGGACCGGGACCGGGCCAGGUGGAGGUGUUUUGAGUCUUUGCUUCUGUCAGCUUCUCCGAGCGCCCACCAGGCCCGAGUCCCGACGACCUUGCGACCUUGCUAUGGUCCCUGAAGCUCCAAUCUCGCGUGUCCGGACGCGCCAGGAGUGCCCCCGCCAAUGGAGC